UUGUUGGUGUUUUAUGCACGGUCGGCACUCUCUAUCUAAUGCCACAGCAGUUGUCCACGUUACCUAGUUGUGAUAACAAUAGUGAAAUAUCACGCGUCAGUGAUGUAACAUUUAAUGAUCAAAAGGCAGCCACAGCUUAAAAUAAGAAUCAAUAUUCAAAGCAAGAAGAGAUACCCGACAUAAACCUCUCUACUACUACUGUACUAUAGGUCUGGCUCUAUGGUUUGACGUGACCUGUAACGAAGGGUGUGACAUAUAGGACAUAGGAUUUAAAUUGAGAGUUUGGCAAGGUUGUUUAAGUGAUCACCAAUUAAAAUAAACAUAAUGGAGAAUAACAAAGGAGAGGAGAAGAUAGGUGUGCAGGCACAGCCUGGUCAACCACCACAGGGAUACGGUCAACCCCCAGCCGGUCAACCGCCACAGGGCUACGGACAACCGCCAGCCGGUCAGCCGCCCCAGGGUUACGGACAACCGCCAGCGGGCUACGGCCAACCGCCACAGGGCUAUGGUCAGCCACCCCAGGGCUACGGCCAACCACCACAGGCCUACGGCCAACCACCACAAGCCUAUGGUCAGCCCCCACAGGGCUACGGCCAACCGGGGUACCCCGGUCAGCCGAUCAUGGGGCAGCCAGGAGUUUUGCCUGGUCAACCAGCGCCUGCGCAGUGGAUGCCUGCCCCUCAGUCGAUUCCCGGAUGUCCGCCCGGUCUGGAAUAUUUAUCGCAGAUAGACCAGCUCCUCGUUCACCAACAAGUGGAAUUAUUUGAGGUGUUUACGAACUGGGAAACUUCAAACAGAUACCAAGUUAAGAACAGCGUUGGACAGCAGAUUUACUUCGCACAUGAAGAGUCUGAAGUUUGCCAGAGACAGUGCUGCGGGCCGUCUCGUGGAUUCAAUAUGCACAUCACUGAUAACAUGCAACAGGAAGUUAUGAGAGUGAGUCGCGAGUUCAAGUGUUGUGCCGGGUGCUGUUGGUGCGCAGCGGCGGACUGCUGUGCCAUGGAGGUAGCCAUCGAGGCGCCCGUUGGCCAGGUCGUCGGAUACGUCCGGCAAGCUCAAAGUGGCUGGUCCCCGCACUACGACAUCAUGAACGCUAACAAGGAAACUGUGUUGAGGAUCCGCGGACCAUGCUGCAUCUGCCAAGGGGCCUGCUGCACAGGGGACCAAGAAUUUAAUGUGUUAAGCGAGGACUUGGCAAAUGAAGUCGGUAAAGUCAGCAAACAGUGGACUGGAUUGGUCAAGGAACUCUACACCAAUGCAGACAACUUCGGAGUGUCAUUCCCAGCUGACUUGGACGUGAAGAUUAAGGCAACACUUCUUGGAGCUGUCUUCUUGAUUGACUUCAUGUUCUUCGAGCAGCCAAAGAACAAUAACAACCGAUAGGAGAAAAGAGAGAGACGAACAACUAAACUGAUGAAAUUAAUGAAGUGUGAACGUUUUUGUUUUGUUUUUAUUGAAAGAAAAUCAUAUUGACCUUCUUUUCUUUUGCUUCAUACACUCCACUGAACGAACACGAUCCAAUCCCAACAAUUAAGAAUGGAACUGUUGUACAGUUUUAGUUUUGUUUUAACCCACUCCUACAUAAUGAGAAUUAUAAAUAGCAAAUUAAUGGUAAAGUGACAAAAAGUGACAAAAAAUUUCACUUUCACUUUAAACUUGUUCCUCCCUUGUUGCUGCCUCAUACCAUUGAUGCCUCAUUUAACUUCCUUUAGAGCAAUGUUAACUAUACCGUUGUUGUGUGGUCAUCUUCUUCACAAGAAUCAUGUGGAGCACCAUCCACCAUACACAUUCUGGUCUAGUUUAUGACAGAUAGAGUUCUCAACCAAUUUUGAUAACCUGGAUCUUCAGAAUGCGUUUGUAUUUUAAGUUUGAACAUUGGUCACAAUAUAUAUAAAUAUUUCGUAAAAUAAUAAUCGCCAUUUUGUAUAGACUCAAUAAAAUGUAUCUUCUGAAAGUGUUUUUUUUUCUUCACCAACCUUGUUCCCAUGUGUGUGCCAUUUCGCAGUAAGGGGGUGGUGUGUAAGGCUCUGCCUAUUGGAACGAGGUAGAUGGAUUUCGUGAAAAACACACGCAUUCAAAAAUAAGAUAAACCUUUAAUACUGUGAUGCAAGGAAAAUUGCAGUUGAGAGCGCCUGCAUACGGUCAAUUUUGACAGGUCCUUAAGCCUGGAAAUUGCUGUGCCGCUUAUCUGUUCGUGCUGACAUUUUGCAGCGCUCAAUUAGUUGAUCUAGUUUUUAGUUUCCCAAGCAGGCAUGUCACAUGGUACGGGUACUUUUCACCAACAUCAUGCGUAGAGGGCGUAACGAGCAGGCAGACACAUUCUAGUUCAGAUUAAACGCCCGUUCCAAAUAAUGUACACUUUCUUUCAUAUAAAUCGUGAAAAAUGGCAUUAGUUUAAAAUUUAAAAUGUACAUUAUAUUUUCGAGUAUUUGUAACUAGUUGUUACAGAAUGGACUUACUUAUUAAUUUUUCUUUUUGCUCUAUUUUUUAAAUAAAUCUCGUGUCUUUAUAACUCUUUAGAUAAGUUGUUUUACGUAGGCCUACGGCUAGCCCCGGCGGCCUUACUCUUUCGUAUUAUACUACAGCACAGAUGAAUAGGGCUAGCCCACGGCAUACACAAGACCACUUGCCCUUGCUGCCAUAUUUGGUCAUGCUGUCUUUGGUUAAACGUGCAUGCGUGAAAGUCUACCAUUGGAUGGAAGUUCCGCGAAAGCGCAUACGCGCGUGCACCUUUCCAUUCCGGUACAUCAAAGAUGGCGGUCGAUGACGUCAUUGGCAAUCCAUCUAGUAUUGAUAGUGCAGCAUCACGCGUUUCAGAACUAAAAGCUGGGACCCUGAACAAGUGACGUCAUGUCCAUAAGGUCUAUUGUGACUCAAGACUUUGCUUGACGCUUUAGUAGCCGUUAUUCGAUUGAUUCACAUUUGUCUUGUGAGUACAGCUUUGAAACAAAAUGACUGAAUGAUAAAGGUGUGACUGGGAAUCAAGCUUUAUUUAUGUAAAUGUUUGCUCAAUGCCAAAGUUGUCUAUUUAGGCCACUUGACCUCGAAGUUAAUUUCCUAUUUUUUUUUAAAUCACUGUGAUUUUUAUAAACACCAAAGAUCAUAAUGAGUAUGAGAAUUAAAUAGAAUAACUAUGUAAACACAGUGGUUACAAAAAAUGUGGCCUUUAAGACAUUUUAUAUAUUACAUAGUAUUUGUAUGAAUAGUGAUAUUAAAUUUCACAGUUAAAAUAUUAUGUGUAUAUUAUGUUGAUUGCAAACCAUAACUUUACAUAAGUCUACAUGUUGUCUAUAACUAUCCUUUAUCUACUCAAUUAAAAUGAGCAAACUUGCGAAAAUCUUCGUAACUUU